CCCCAACUACAGACCCAGAAUCACCGCUCAGCAUUCUUCAUGCUCCCUCUCUCUCUCUCUCACUCUAAGACUCUCUCUCUCUCUAACCAUCCCUCAUUAAAUUCCCCUCCGCUCUCCGCUCCCCAGAGGCCGACCUCUCCCCUCCUUCCACGUUCUCCCGUUGAAGGACUCCUCCUCACGUCUCUCAGAGCCCGUCUUCUUCCUCAGGCGUUGCACCGCCGAGCGUGUGACCUGUGGCCGCCAGCACGUGUAGAGAAAGGGAGAGAGUCUGGAGCGCAGGCAUGGGAAGAGGCCUCUUCAUCUUGGUCCACCAUACCAGGAAGAAGCCGCAGCUGGAGGUCCACCAGCAGCAGCAGCCAACCAGCUGCCCUAUUCUUCUUCUUCUUCCUCCCCCGCCUCCUACCCCUUCAUGGCCUCCCCCAGGGCGGACCAGGAUAUGCCCCUCAUGGUCUCCGCCCUCGCCCACGUGAUUGGCACAUGCGACCCCUCCCCGGCCACGAGCCAGCAGCUGGACGCCACCAUUAAUCCCAACGCCGCCGACCAAGAAGAAGACGCCGGAGGGGCAAGGAGGAAGCACUAUAGAGGAGUACGGCAGCGGCCGUGGGGGAAGUGGGCGGCGGAGAUCAGGGACCCGAAGAAGGCGGCGAGGGUGUGGCUGGGGACGUUCGACACAGCGGAGGACGCGGCGCGAGCCUACGACGAGGCUGCCCUAAGGUUCAAGGGGAACAAGGCCAAGCUCAACUUCCCGGAGAGGGUGCAGGGCCGAGCUAGCCCGCUGUACUCCGACCAGGCCGCCGCGCCGGCCACCUCGUCCUACCCUCACCUUCUUCAGUAUGCACAGCUGCUUAACAGCAGAGACGAGGAUAUCCCGGUGGUGGCUUCCGGCCUCUUCAUGCCCCCUCCCCACCUCCCCCCUUCCUCGUCUGGUGGUGAUGAUAGCGCCUACCAAGGAAGAGAUCGAAGGUGGUCAUGAAACAAUCAGAUCCUUUUCUCACCGCCGUGCUUCCUCUCUUUCUCUAUGUCUCUCAUCCUGGAACCUGCAACUCUCUUCCAUUAGAUAUCUGGUUUUUGCUUUUUCCGGAUGGGACUUCGUUUUUACGCUUUGUUUGAGAGCUUAAUUUCAGCGAUGAAGUGCAAUAUAAUAAGGAUUCUCAUGUUGGUCAACAAAGUCGGUGGUGCAACUUCCAUUUUCACAUGCGAACAAGAAAAAUAGUGUCUGAUCAUCGUUGUUGGAAUGUGGAAGUACCAUCUUUUGUUAUAUUUGAUUGGUCAUGGAAGUCGGCGGUGCAAGAAAUUGAUGCUGAGAACUGAAACUCUGUGGAUCGGAAGGCUGAUCAGCAUGAUGUCUGGUAGCCGCUGCUGCAGUGUUGACCUUUUGGUGUGAACAUGGAGCCAUUAGUGUCUCUGUUUUCCACGCGUUUGUCGGCGCACGUAUGUUUCACAGAGGUGUGUGCGGUGGGCUCACGCAAUCUGUGUGUGUGGCGAAGCCAGUAAUUUAAUUUUAACAAGUUAAAUACAAAAUUUACAUGUAAAUUUUUA